AUGGCUCCCCGCGUCGUCGCCUCCGUCCUGCUCUUCGCCAUGGCGGCCGUCCUCGUGGCCUCCGCAUCGGCGCAGGAGUUCACGGCGCCUGCGUCUGCGCCGGCGCCGGGACCAGUCGCCGGAGCGGCCUCCGCUCCGGCCUCCGCUGUCGCCGUGGUGUCGUCCGCACUGCUGUCCCUGCUUGUGGCCACCCUGAUGCAGUAG